CAUGGCGGAGGUCGGACUUGGGACUUACACAAAUGUACCUGGUUAUGUAAGCCCUGAUUGGGAACGAAAGUUGCCAUUGUUCACCAACUGGGACGAACUUGAACUUAGUGACAGAGUGUUAAAAAUGGCAUUAGCUUCGCCGCAAACCGAGCCCCCUCCCUACGCGGAGCACGUAUACGAGGGAAUAUUGUACACAAAUUGGAUGCCAAGGGAAAGCCUGGAAGCGAUGAAGACGUUUGAGAUACGUGACGAUGAUGUGGUGUUAGUGAGCUAUCCUAAAAGCGGGGUCAACUGGAUGUUCGAAAUCGUGCGUAGAAUACUUGAUGAAAACAAGGAAAACUCAGUAUUAACGGGGCCUGAGUUUCACUACCAUGGACAGCGGCCCUGUCACGUCCAGCUGCGUGAGCGCCCGUCCCCUCGAUUGAUGUACACCCAUCUUCCGUUUCAACUGGCACCUCCAGGAUUGACAACUCCAGUCAACAAGGUGAAAGUAAUUGUCGUACUGCGAAACCCCAAGGACGUUUGUGUGUCGUGGUAUUACUUCGCAAAGAAAAAUCAGGAGCUUAAGGCCGAAGGAACUUGGGAACAGUACACUGAGAAAUUCUUGGAUGGAAAAGUCAUCUGUGGUGGCCAUUUGGACAACGUGAUGGGCUGGUGGCAAAUGAAAGAUGACCCUCACUUCCUCUUUGUCAAGUACGAAGACAUGAACAAGGAUUUUCGCUCGUCAGUGAAGACUAUAGCAGCCUUCCUGGAGAAAGAACUGACUGAUGAACAUCUGGCCCUUAUCCUGAACAGCUGCAGAUUGGAGUCAAUGAGGAAGACAUUAGAAGAGUCUGGUACAUGGAGAAAGGACAUAGUAAGGAAAGGUAUCGUCGGAGAUUGGAAGAACCACUUCUCGGCCGAGGAGAGCGCCAGGUUUGACCAGAAGUACCGAGAACGGAUGGCGGGAACAGGGCUGGAGUUUGACUUUGAGUAGCAGAAUGUUCAAACAGCGUUAGCUUGUGACGUUAGACCAUGUUAAUUUCAUUAUAUAGAUGGCAUGUACAAGUGCAUCAAUUUCCAGGUUCAUGAUUUUUAGUAGGUGAUACAUUGAUAGGAAUUAGGACAGGGAGAAAGUGGUGUAAGUUUGGGCCACCUAGCAACUCGUUUGGAACUGCAGUGAGCAUUUGAGAUUCGGGCAAACGGUCUCUUCUUAACAUCUGCUUCAUGUCCUAUUCUCCGCGGAAUGUGUAAGCUGUAUCUGUAUCUAUAACGUUAUAUAUAUAUCCGGUAUAACCGGUACGUACCGCCCUUCCGCGUAACACACCAGCUUCGAAGCUAGCCUUGUUUGGCUACUUAUAAUCAGGCUCACCCAGCCUUGACCCCUGCCCGUGGGUGUCAAUCACCCUAUUCGGAUCAUUCCAUUUUGAAGGAAAAUGGGUGAGGAUAGGUCGAUAGGCUAGGCUGUCCUGUGUGUUGUGAAUGAACUUCUGCGGUUUUAUGAGUAGUUCUUGUAAGUUUUUAAGUCAAUGUAGGUUAUUAAACGA